AUGGAGCCACCUGCUGUUACCUCAUGCUCGCAGCAACAACUUGCUGGUGGCAAUAAUUCUUCGAAUCUUGAGAAGCUUCGACGAACAUUGGUUACUGAUAGAGCAAGUAGCCAAACUAUGCAUCCUCAGCAUUUUCGGCUACAAAUUGAACCAAGCUUAACAUACACUGCUUCAUCAAAUCGAGUUUAUGAGGAGCUUCCAGAAAAUUUUAUGGAAAGUAUUAGUCCACAACAAAAUCAAGGAACAAUGCAACAGAAUAGUCCACAAUUAGCAUCUCUUGCUCCAAUGAAUGUUACAGCUAAUGACAGUGGUUAUAUGACAUUGGUACCUAUGUCCUCUUCUCAAAAUUAUGGUAGUUCUAUGAAAGUUGAACCUCUGCAUGAUCAAACCCAUCAUCAAACUAUAUUGCAUCGUGGCGCGCGCUGCAUCGACAAAUUAGGAUUCAGUUCUGGACCAGCAGAUUUAUUAUCCCCCUUGCAUUCAAAUCGAUCAGACAAUACGAUCUGUGAAACGAUGAUUGGUAUUCAUCAAAAUGGCGGCCGAACAGAUGCUAUUGAAUUGAGAAGGCCUGUGCAGUACAUCAAGGAAGAGGUGGUGGUUGAUAUGACCCAGGAAUAUAAAAAUGUUGACGCAAAUUUUCUGACUCAUCAAAUGCAACAGUCGACAAGUAUAAUGACACCAGAUGAACGACAACAGGAGCUUGAACAUAGAUUGGCUAAUGCAGAGACACCGCCAGCUGUUAGUAAUGUUGAACUAGCCAGUUCAUUUAUCGCCACAAUGAUUGGAGAACAGCGUCAUUCUCCAGUUUCACAACAAACAGUGUACCGCCCUGGUCCAACUACAUUUCACCACCAAGCAACCCGUGAUAUGAAUAAUGUUGAUGAUGUGGACGCAAGCGGUAGUGCCGGCACUAGUGCAGAUCUUAGUGGAUCAAUAGAUGGUACAGCAGAAAAUUCAUCGAGACAUAAAUCUGCAGCAGGAUUACCAAGAGCAACUUAUUCAACAAAGGACACCACUGAUCCUUUGAAUGCAGAAAUCGAUGACAACAUUUAUAUUGAUACAAAGGAUCUCUGCAGACGAAUCGCGUGGGAGUUAAAACAACAUUCUAUUCCUCAGGCCAUAUUUGCAGAGCGGAUACUUUGCCGGAGUCAAGGUACAUUGUCGGAUCUAUUAAGGAAUCCUAAGCCUUGGAACAAACUUAAAUCAGGUCGUGAAACGUUUAGAAGAAUGUUUAAUUGGGUUCAACAGCCUCUAGAAUCGCGAUUGGGAAUACUGGAUAUGUAUAAAGGAAGCGGUGACGAAAACUAUAUUGGCUCGACAAGUAUACAAAACCCAUUAGGAGGCAAACAAGUGAAUUUGCCUUCAUCCAGUAGCAUACCUCCUAUGAGUCCACCAACUCCUGCACAAAAUGCCAGACAAGGCGCAAGACAUAGAUCUCGAGAUAUCGAAAAUGGAGCACAUCAUGGUGGUAGUGGAGCAAAGAGGCCAAGAUUGGUUUUUACCGACAUCCAGAAGCGAACUUUACAGGCUAUUUUCAAAGAAACACAGCGGCCGAGUCGUGAGAUGCAACAAACUAUUGCUGAACAUUUACGACUUGAUCUCUCUACAGUUGCAAAUUUUUUUAUGAAUGCACGUCGAAGGUCGAGAAGCGGACCACUAAUGGGUGAUUCUCCAGCACCAUAUCAACAGGUUCGUCCAAUAACUCCGCCCCCUGCAUCACCUCCUCAUCAGCAACGUGGGCAAAGCCGAAUUCGUGGGGCUCGGCAUAUAAUACGUGGCCAGGUAGAAGUGAAUUUGUCAAUAACCACUAGUAAUAGGAUUGAAAAUACCGUGGCUCAGGUUGCAGAAGAAGCCGCAGAAUACGCCAGAAAGCGUGAUAUCAAUCCAAAUGUUGAGAAUGAGGAUGAUCAAAAUGGUAUGCGUGCAGAAAUUGAUAAUAUUUCUCACAGUUUAGAAUACAAGGUGGUGAAUCUGUCUCCUUCUUGCUCUAUAGUCGUAGAUUCCAGGCAGUCGCCCAAUAACAACAAUACUCAAAAAACCGUGGAACCUCCAUGCAAUACACCACUGGAUAAUGAGAGUUUCUAUAAUGAUGAACAAACGAGUACGCCUGUGGUGUUUUACGACAAAUCUGUGAAAAUUGAGCAUGAGAAUUCUGCUGCUGCUGCUACUGUUGCUGCUACUACUUCGGAGUAA